AAAUGAGGGAGUGCAUAGGAAAAGGGCAGGAGAUUUAGAACAGGGACUGUGCUAUGUUUUAACUGAGCUGUAUGGCCAAAUGUAUGUGGACACCUGACCAUACAUUUCUCUUUACUGGAACUUAGAGACCCAAACAUUCUCCAGCUCCAUGAUGACAUGGUUUGUGAAACAACUUGAGUGUCCUGCACAAAGCAUUGACCUCAACCCCACUGAACACUUUUGGGAAGAACUGGAAUGCCGACUGCACCUAGUGGGAAACCUUGCUAGAAGAGUAGAGGUUAUUAUAACAGCAAAGAGGUGACUAAAUCUAGAAUGGGUUUUUUUUAAUAAGUCCAUAUGAGUGUGAUUGGUCAGCUGUCCACAAACCUUAGGCCAUUAGUUAAAACAUGGUUUUAAUUUAAUCUCAAUUUUGUUAUUUCCCAGUCUGCCAAUGCAGUAAGUUUGUUUCCCUUCAUUAAUCGGAAGGACAGUUUCCUUUUUAUAAAAAGUCAGAAAGGAAGGAAUGAAUGUCGUAAUGAUUUCCUCUCUAUGCAGUAAAACCCACAAGCAGGAAGGAUGCUGGCAAGGCAUGGUAUUGCCAAAGCUAUGUCUCAAAGUUCAUGCACAUUUCAAAGGUAACAAACGUAGUUUACUAAGUCGCAGCAGGUGAAGAGGCAGCAUAGAUCACUGCAGUUUGAUAGGUUGGCCCAGCACUUGUCCCUGUGGUUUUUGUUGACAUGAACACAGUAAUAUGUUGUUUUUCUUUCUGUGCCAAAUGUGUUUGACUUGGGACAAUGCCAUCCUACAAAAUUACUGGCACCUGAUGGGUAAAUAGUGUACAAUUCAAGAACAUAGUCCAAGUGCACAGUGUGUGAUUUGAGACAUGACUUAAGACUGACUACAGCUCCAGUGAAAAGAUGUUAUUAUUGACUAACCUCUGCUUAUUUUAUUUUUUUUUUAAUGCUGCCCUGGGCUUAACAGCAGGGUGUCAGGUGUAUCACUCUGCAUUAUGCAUAAUCAUCCAGUUCCUGCUGCUGAGGCUUAUGGGAAGAACCGUCACUGGUGUCCUGACCAGCUUUAUAUUCCAAAUGACAUACCUCUUGAUUGGUUAUUACUACACAGCUACAGAAGAGUAUGAUAUCAAGUGGACCAUGCCCCACUGUGUCCUCACCCUCAAACUCAUUGGUUUGUCAUUUGAUUACUAUGAUGGAGGAAAAGAUCCAUCUCGGUUGAGCACGGAGCAGAAGAACUCUGCACUUCCAAACACCCCGUCUCUCUUGGAGGUUUGCGGAUUCUCAUAUUUCUACGGUGGUUUUUUGGUAGGACCUCAGUUCACACUGCGCAACUACUUGCACCUGGUUUCCCGAGAAAUGACCGACUGUCCCGGCCAGGUGCCUAACAGUACGGUCCCUGCAUUAAAGCGCUUUUGUUUGGGUUCCUUCUUCCUGCUUAUCUUCACAAUAUUUCAGCCCUAUUACCCAGACAGCUAUUUCCUUACAGAUGAAUUUGAGGCUCAGCCAUUUUGGUACAGGUGUGUGUAUAUCCUGCUGUGGGCUAAAGUAAACCUGUACAAAUAUGUGACCUGCUGGCUAAUAACUGAGGGAGUGUGUAUCCUCUCAGGGCUCGGCUACAACGGUCAUGGUGAGGAUGGGCAGCCCAAGUGGGAUGCCUGUGCUAAUAUGAGAGUAUGGAUAUAUGAGACCACGCCGCUUUUUACCGGCACCAUCAACUCCUUUAACAUUAACACCAACGCCUGGGUGGCCAGGCACAUUUUUAAAAGACUAAAGUUUUUGGGGAAUAAGAUGGCAUCACAGAUGGCCACACUGUUUUUCCUGGCGAUCUGGCAUGGCCUGCACUCUGGUUACCUGCUCUGCUUCUCCUUGGAGUUCAUCAUCGUCAAUGUGGAGAAGCAGGCUCAGGCGAUCGUGAAGGACAGCCCCAAGUUGAUGGCCCUCGCAAACAGCCCUCUGUAUCCCCUUUUAUAUAUAGUACAGCAGUUUAUCCACUGGCUCUUCAUGGGCUACCCACUAGUAGCAUUCUGCCUCUUCACUUACGAUAAGUGGCUGAAGGUUUAUUCAUCUGUGUAUUUUUGUGGUCACCUAUUUUUCAUCAUUGCCUACCUUAUCCUACCGUUCCUCCGUAAGGCACUGGUGCCUAGGAAAGCAAAGACAGACAAAAAAGAGGACUAGAGAGAAAUGGGUUUCUUUGUCUGGUCCUCCGUAAUCUACCUGAAGGGAACUGUGACUGAUUGGAAACUAUUUUAAGGCCUUUAACUAUAUAUUAUAAAUAUUUACACACAAGCAUAAAUCUGUACAAACAUUUGUUUCCUUAUGUUAUUUUUGUUUUUUUGUUUGUUUUUUUUGAUGAAGUAGAGUCAUUAUUUCAGUUAAAGAGAAAGAGGGUAAGAGAAUGCUCUCUGAGUGGAGAACUGAGCUGUUUGUCUUUUUGUUUUUAUAUUGCUGAAAUGUGAACGGUAGUUAGGUUUUGAGGAGGCUUUUUUUUUUGUUAAGAGAUAUUAGAGAUAUGUGGAGGCUAAUUAAUAUCCAUACCCAUUUGUAUAGGAUUUUUUUCAGCCACAGUAUUGCACUCCUAGCUCUCUAGUUUGGGGCAUCUCGGUUGCACCCGCUGAUGAUGUCAUUUCCAGCAAAACCAAACAACCCAGUCUGAGAGCUGACCUAAAGGCUGUCUGCUUUUAUGGACUUUGGGUUUUUGUUUUUUUUUGGUGUUUUUCCUUUUUUUUCCACUCAUUUUCCAAAAUCUUCAGCCACUGGUCAGAUUUACACAAAACACUGUAAUAUAUAAAACACAGAAUGUGCAGUGAAACUUGGAUAUGCCUUUCCGUGUAAAUGAGUAUUAUUGUUUCAUUUCUAAUUUAACAGAUUUUUCACAAUAUUUUUAGCAAUUUUAGAAUGGGUUGAUGAUUUUGUAAUUUUGUAGCUUUUUCAAACAAAUGUAAGUCCACAACAAUGAAUGUGAUGACUUUUGUCAACUUUUUCACUCUUUCUCACAAACUUGUUUGUCCCGGUCUUUGUGUAAACUGGAACAUGAGCAAAAAAAAACCAAUUUAAACACACGCAGGAAAUCCUAUCAAAUUAUUCACACUACUUGCCAAAAUGAUCAUUUUUGUAAUACUUAAAAUCUUAAUCACUUGGCGCCAUAUUGACUAAACUACAGUGAGGGGAAUUUAUUCUGCUCUCACUGCUGACACAAAAAGCAGUGACUUCACUGUAGCUUUUGGGGAUUUUAGUAUUUAUACUUGUUCAACAUUUCACUGAUGUUGGUUCAGUUAACUAAUUUUGCCUUACUGUUACCAAAUGUACGAAAAAAACAAAUGAUUUUAAAUGAGCCAUUUCUUUUUGCAAUGGUUAUUAAAAAUGCUGGAUUUGAUCAAAAUCAGA